AUGAAGCUCGUUGAGCACUUGCCAGACAAGUACAUAUUGAAACGAUGGCUUGAAAGUGCGAAAAGCAGUGUAAUAUAUGAUAAUAAUCACAAAGAAGUUAACGAUUGCGUUGAUGGUUUUAUUUUGGUUAAGAGUUCGAAAGUUUGCAACGGUGCAAGUGAUUUGAUUGAUUUGGCUUUGUUAUGUGAUGAAGGUUUUGAGUUGCUGGAAAAAUCUUUUGAGGACAUUCGUGGGAAGCUUACAAGGUUGGUGUCAUCAAGAGCUCAUGUCGAAGAACCCAAUGGAGAAGUCGGAACUAGUUAUCCCCAACUCAGAAUCAAAGAUCCACAUCGAGUGAAAGUAAAAGGGCAUGCGAAAAGAGUUAAAGGAGAAAAGGAGAAGGCAGCGCAACGACAUAAACGUCGGUGCACUGAAUGUAGGAAGACUGAUCAUGAUAGACGGAGUUGUCCAAAACUUGCUAGCCCCUCUUCAUCUUUCGACAUAGAACUUGGUGGUCCAGUUGGUGAGAAUUUGCAACCCACUCAGAGCACGCAGGACAGUGAACGUAUUAUGACAGAGUCAUUUAUGCAAGAGUUUGAUUUCAUUUAUGGUCCCGGAGAGAUGAUUUCCUGUGCAGCAGACGGGGUUAUGGCGUCCCAGUCAAUGUCUUUGUGGACAUCUGCAGCCAACCGUCAGAAUUUCUCAAAACCUUCGUUGAAAGCCAUAGAAAUUGCCUGGCCUUGGUUGUUGCCUCCUUUGUGGAUGCUCAAAGAUUUCGGAAUCAUCGGAGUCCCCCUUGCUUGCGAAGGAGGUUGGAAGAGGCAGCGGUGGUGA